GAGCGAGAGAGGGAGCGCGAAGAGCGGGAGUAGUCGCCGUAGCCGCUAGGGAGGGAGCCCCGGGACGGCAGCCCUCGGGCGUAGGGCGCUCUCUUCUCAGUGUUGGGGCCAGGCAGACUCACCUUCCGCAAACUCAAUUGGGAUUGCCUGGGAUUUACUGGCCGGCCGGCCAGGGAGAGCCUGCAGCGGGAGCAUUGGGGAGGGACCGCGUUUACGGGGUCCAGAGCGGCCGUGAGAAGGCGAGAGUGCAGGUUAGAGGGACAAAGAACUCUGUAGACGACCCCGGCAUCCUGCGAAAGAGAGCGGUCGGGACGAGGUGACCAGGACCUCGAGGAGAGCCCGUGGAUGUUCUGCGCGCGGGUCGGGAGCCGCCGCCGCCGCCGCAGUGAGACGAGGAAUGCACCGGCCGCGCAGCCGCGGGGCGCGCCCGCAGCUCCAGGCGCUGCUGGCCGCGUUGCUGCUGGCCGCGCGCGGAGCUACCCAAGAAACCGAGUUGUCAGUCACUGCUGAGUUAGUGCCUACCUCAUCAUGGAACAUUUCAAGUGAACUGGACAAAGAUUCUUACCUGACCCUGGAUGAACCAAUGAAUAACAUAACCACAUCCCUGGGACAGACGGCAGAACUGCACUGCAAGGUCUCUGGGAAUCCACCUCCUACCAUCCGCUGGUUCAAAAAUGAUGCACCAGUGGUCCAGGAGCCCCGGAGGAUCUCCUUUCGGGCAACCAACUAUGGCUCUCGGCUGCGGAUCAGAAACCUGGACACCACAGACACAGGCUAUUUCCAGUGUGUGGCAACGAAUGGCAAGAAGGUGGUUUCUACCACCGGAGUUUUGUUUGUCAAGUUUGGACCCCCUCCCACUGCAAGUCCAGGAUCUUCAGAUGAAUAUGAAGAAGAUGGAUUCUGUCAGCCAUACAGAGGGAUUGCAUGUGCAAGAUUUAUCGGCAACCGCACUGUCUACAUGGAGUCUUUGCACAUGCAAGGGGAAAUAGAAAAUCAGAUCACAGCUGCCUUCACCAUGAUCGGCACCUCUAGUCACUUAUCUGAUAAGUGUUCUCAGUUCGCCAUUCCUUCCCUGUGCCACUAUGCCUUCCCAUACUGUGACGAAACCUCAUCUGUCCCAAAGCCUCGCGACUUGUGUCGUGAUGAAUGUGAAAUCCUGGAAAACGUCCUGUGUCAAACAGAGUAUAUUUUUGCAAGAUCAAAUCCUAUGAUUCUGAUGAGGCUGAAAUUGCCAAACUGUGAAGAUCUCCCCCAGCCAGAGAGCCCAGAAGCUGCAAACUGUAUUCGGAUUGGAAUCCCCAUGGCAGAUCCUAUAAAUAAAAAUCACAAGUGUUAUAACAGCACAGGUGUGGACUACCGGGGCACCGUCAGUGUGACCAAAUCAGGGCGGCAGUGUCAGCCAUGGAAUUCCCAGUACCCCCACACGCACACCUUCACCGCCCUCCGCUUCCCGGAGCUGAACGGGGGACAUUCCUACUGCCGCAACCCAGGGAAUCAGAAGGAGGCUCCCUGGUGCUUUACCUUGGAUGAAAAUUUUAAGUCAGACCUCUGUGACAUCCCAGCAUGUGAUUCAAAGGAUUCCAAGGAGAAGAAUAAAAUGGAAAUCCUGUACAUACUGGUGCCAAGUGUUGCUAUUCCCCUGGCCAUUGCUUUACUCUUCUUUUUCAUUUGUGUCUGCCGCAAUAACCAGAAGUCAUCGUCACCACCAGUCCAGAGACAACCAAAACACGUCAGAGGUCAAAAUGUAGAGAUGUCAAUGCUGAAUGCAUAUAAACCUAAGAGUAAGGCUAAAGAACUGCCUCUUUCUGCUGUACGUUUUAUGGAAGAAUUGGGUGAAUGUGCCUUUGGAAAAAUCUAUAAGGGCCAUCUCUAUCUCCCAGGCAUGGACCAUGCUCAGCUGGUUGCUAUCAAGACCUUGAAAGAUUAUAACAACCCACAGCAAUGGACAGAAUUUCAACAAGAAGCCUCCCUUAUGGCUGAACUGCACCACCCCAAUAUUGUCUGCCUUCUAGGGGCUGUCACUCAGGAACAACCUGUGUGUAUGCUUUUUGAGUAUAUGAACCAGGGAGAUCUCCACGAGUUCCUCAUCAUGCGAUCACCACAUUCCGACGUUGGCUGUAGCAGUGAUGAAGAUGGGACUGUAAAAUCCAGCCUGGAUCAUGGAGAUUUUCUGCACAUUGCAAUUCAGAUUGCAGCCGGCAUGGAAUAUCUGUCUAGUCACUUCUUUGUCCACAAGGACCUCGCAGCUCGCAAUAUUUUAAUCGGAGAGCAACUUCACGUAAAGAUUUCAGACCUCGGGCUUUCCAGAGAAAUAUACUCAGCUGAUUACUACCGGGUGCAAAGCAAGUCUUUGCUGCCCAUUCGCUGGAUGCCCCCUGAAGCCAUCAUGUAUGGCAAAUUCUCUUCUGAUUCAGAUAUCUGGUCCUUUGGGGUUGUUUUGUGGGAGAUUUUCAGUUUUGGACUGCAGCCAUAUUAUGGAUUUAGUAACCAGGAAGUGAUUGAAAUGGUGAGAAAACGGCAGCUCUUACCAUGCUCCGAAGACUGCCCUCCCAGAAUGUACAGCCUAAUGACAGAAUGCUGGAAUGAGAUUCCUUCUAGGAGACCAAGAUUUAAAGAUAUUCAUGUCCGACUUCGAUCUUGGGAGGGACUCUCUAGUCACACCAGCUCUACGACUCCUUCAGGGGGAAAUGCCACCACGCAGACAACCUCCCUUAGUGCCAGUCCAGUGAGUAAUCUCAGUAACCCCAGAUACCCCAAUUACAUGUUCCCAAGCCAGGGUAUUACACCACAGGGCCAGAUCGCUGGUUUCAUUGGCCCACCAAUACCUCAGAACCAGCGAUUCAUCCCUCUCAAUGGAUACCCGAUACCUCCUGGAUAUGCAGCCUUUCCAGCUGCCCACUACCAGCCGACAGGUCCCCCCAGAGUAAUUCAGCACUGCCCUCCUCCCAAGAGUCGGUCCCCCAGCAGUGCCAGUGGGUCAACUAGCACAGGUCAUGUGACUAGCUUACCCUCAUCAGGAUCCAAUCAGGAAGCAAAUAUUCCUUUACUACCACACAUGUCUAUUCCAAAUCAUCCCAGUGGAAUGGGCAUAACCGUUUUUGGCAACAAAUCUCAAAAACCCUACAAAAUAGACUCAAAGCAGUCAUCAUUGCUAGGAGACUCCAAUAUCCAUGGACACACCGAAUCUAUGAUUUCUGCAGAACUGUAAAAUGCACAACUUUUAUAAUUGUGGUAUACAGGACAAACUAGAAAGCCGUAGAAAAGAUUUAUAUUCAAAUGUUUUUAUUAAAAAGUAAGGUUCUCGUUUAGCAGACAUUGCAACAGGUAUCUUCUGUGAAGUUUAACUGUGUCUUAGCAAGAUGGGCAGACACCACCCAGGAAAAAAAAAAAAAAAACACCGUGUGAUUUACACUCCCAAUGAUAUGGCAUUGGGAUUGGUACAUACAGUUUCAAGUAUGGAAAACUGCAAACCAAUACAGAGGAAAAGAACCUUGUGAUUCAAUAGCAAAUCAAAAAGAAAAUCAAUGGUGCUCUGUGUAUUUGCCUUCGGUCGCAAUGACUGGUCUCCCCCCAAAAUGUAUAUAUCGUUGCAUUUGUCUACCUGCUGUCUUUUCUUCAGGACAGAUGUUCAGGAAUGAUAUUGAUUCAAUUUAGACUCUAUGCAUGUUUAUAUGGAUGUGAUGUUCGGAAUAAAUGAGGAAACUUUAGCCCAAAUUUGAGGUCCCAGAUGGAAGAAAAUGAGCCAUAAGACAAGUACACAAAUUCCCUGAAGCCUUCUACAGUGGGGCUUCUUUGGGAAGGUGCAGUGUGUGCCUUUUUGUGAAUCUCUUCUUCUGAUCAGAAAGGCCAGUUCCACAUUUUCCUUUUUCACAGUGUACUUACCCUAGCCCUUGAAAUAACACAGGGCAUCAGAUCAUAAGAAAGCCAGAUGUGAAAUGUUGGUUGAUUGGUUCACUUUACUGCCUUAGGAAUGAGACGCCAAUGGAAACAGAGUCAGGAAAAUGACCCCUCAGGCUAGAUCAGCAUCCUUAGGAGAAAAGCAAGGGUUCCUAUGGAGACAGCCUCCACAGGAGUUUCCCUGGACCAAUAGCAUUGAAAAUAGGAGUGUGGCUGCAAAUGACCCCACUCACACCUUACAAGCGCCUGCUUCGGGGUUGUCCAAGACAGAGGGUUGCUUACCAUCAGUGGACUUUGAGGACAUAGGAAACCCUGUGAUACCAAUUUCUAGUUAAAGUUUCUUUCACUUUUAUUUUCUGUGCUAGAAAUGUUCACAGAUUUUAUUCCAGCCCCAAGAAUUAUGACAAUGUAUUUACAUAGAAUUAGUUGGUAUCCAAAGAUUUUGAACUCUAUUUUGAGAAGUAUCACAGUAUUAAAUAAUAAUGAUGAUAAUAAUAAUAAAUAAGUACUGAGUUCUCACAUCAAAGAUUACCAAAAACUGAGUUGACUACAAAAAGCUGGUGAAUAGAAGCAACAUAAUCUUUGUCUUAGAGGGAGACACCAGAUAUGCAUCUCAUGGACUAGACCUGCCAGCCAUCUUUUGCCAGGUUUAGAAUUCUUAUGGGUUUCCAAAUAGAAAGGAUUUUUUUAAUUUGAUUUUUCUCUUUUUUUUUUUUUAAAGAAAAGAACUCCUUUAUUUCUAAGGUUUCAAAGGUGCAUUUUUAUUUUACUGAUAAAAGAGACUUAUAAAGAGACUUACAGGUUGUGAAGUAAUUCCUGGAAAAUGAUAUUUGAUGAGGAGAAUGUAAGAUUUAGAAAUAGAGUAGUGUUUCAGUUCUUAAAAAAAUAAAAUUAGAAUAAGAAAUUAAGGAAACAACAUUCACCAAAAUGUAUUGCAAUUUUUCCAAACACUGAGUCUUCAAACAACAAACAAGGAUGUAUAAAUACUGUGAACUCAAAGAAUUGGCUAUAUCCAGAUGUAUUGCAAGAUAAAUUAAGACAUAUUUUUGUGGCAUAAAUAAGCUGAUUCAGAAGUUACAUUUCUUAACUGUAGGUGGAGGAGAAUAUUUGUAUCCUUUUGUUGCUAUGCAACUGUUUAAUGAUUAAGCUUCAAACCACAAUUUUAUAUAUCAUACGACAAUCAAUUGUUUUCCAAGAAUAUUUAUUAUUUUAAGUAAACACAAUUUCAGUGAAUCUGAGCUUUUCUAGGAAUCCCUUAAAGGGAAAUUAGCAUUCUAUGAGCCAUUAAAAUACCUACUCUAGAAAAACAUUGUAACAGUGAAAAAAUUCAAGUUAGUUUUUUUAAAAAGAACUGUAACAGUUAUUUUGAACAUUUUAUAAUUACAGGAGUCAUUAAGGUAUGAGCAACCUAAAUUUCAAAACCACUUGGAACAAUUUAUUUCCUAUGAGCACUGUGACACUACAUAACACAGUCCCUUUUGUAUUAAAAUAGUAUUUUUUUCACAAACUGAAAAAUAUUUUUUGCUUUGUUGACAAUGUUUUGUAAGAUGACUUUAUUUUCAAAUCUUUUUAUUAUUAUUUUUUUUUUUUUUGCACAAAACUAUGUUUCUGGUUUGUAUCACAGAAGUGAAAAUAUAUCUCUGCAUUUUUAUAUCUGGUUUGUUUCCUUGUUUUCUUUGUUUUAACUCGAUAUAGAUUUUCUUCAAAUAUAUAAUGGCAAUAUUCAGAUAUCUUGACCUACCAUAUCUUUCCUUAUUUUCACAUGCAUGCAUUUAAUCACUGUAUUACUUUAUGUUUGAUUUUUUAUUAUGGGCAUUUCAAAUAGACAAGCAUGGAAUUGUGAUAAUAACAAAAAGGUUAUUUUAUAUUGAGGAUAUGUGCAUUUGUAUUUCACACACAAGAGAUGAUAUUAAACACUGAUUAUUUUAUGCUGCUGUUUAUUAAAAAUGUUUACUAUAAAA